CCUCAGAUACACAGCUCACUCAGACACUAUACAUAGGCCAUAUGAGUCAGUUCUCUCCCUCACUUGCAUUAUCUCGCUGCCUCCCUUCCCCCACUCUCUUUUCAGUGACACAGAAAAGCCAACGCCGCCCCCUCCCUCUUCCCCUCUCCUCCUCUCGCCUGUGCCCCCUUUUUUUUAACAAGAUGGACAAAUGCCACACUAUUUACCCUUCGUCAUUUUGUAAUUAGACGAACAUUUUGGCAACUGUCGGUCAAAUAGCUUAGGACAACUCCACUAGUGCGUUCCCAUCUGCUCUCAUCAUUUUGUUGCUCCAUUUUUCAUGCCUCGCUGCUUCUGAAUCAGUGUUUGAUGCUUUGCUGCAGCCUUGACUGAAACUGGUUUUGCCUACCAAUCCACUGCAUGCCUUCUCUAUUCAUUGUUCGCUCGCCCAUCUCUCGCCCUCCCUUCCUCUGCUCUCAGCAUCACUCCAUGGGAACCCACUUUUUUUUUAUUUCACGUUGCCUUUGCCUGUAUCGCCCCCUCCCCAUACCCACCCAUGUGCGCCUAUUCGUCUGUGUUACUCCAGUUUUAUGUGCAUCUCUACUUACUCACGUAGCUCCUGAACAUCACACCAGACGAUAUUUGGGCUAGACAUUUCGUUUUGCACUUAUCACGUGAGUGGAUUUUUUUUGUUUUUGCCUAUUCUUACCACAGCAAAGGUAUUUUUAUUCUUUGCCUGCAUAAUCUGGGUAGGACUAGGUCUGUGCAGAGAUUGGCUGUUGGUUGGUGGGAGUGUGAGAGGAUGUUGCUGGGGUUGACAUCAAAAGUGGGAUCUCAGAGAUGGGUAGUGGCAGCAGGUAAUCCCUGUUAACGGAGUCAUUAUGGUCAAAGGAUAUUGUGUUCUUGUCAUGUUGUUUGCGAAGUCGCUUGGUGUUAAUCUACGAAGAGCUACAAUGCAGCGAUAAAAAGUCCCUUAGGGGUGUCUCCUCAAUCUUAAUCCCUCUCUCCAUCCCUCUCUCUCUCUCUCUCUCUCUCUCUCUCUCCAUCUCUCUCUCUUUCUCACUGUGAAAGCCUCUCGCUCAUCCAUCACCACAAGCACCUCUCACUGUCACCAGACAACUAGACAGUUAUUGGCUUUUUAAUAUUCUACUAAACGCAAAAAAAAAUUUACUGCCCUGAUUUUUAUUUUUGUUUUGACUUCUUCUGUGGCUUGUCUCUUAAGCCAUUUUUGCAGGAGGAUGUUUUUUCAAGAGCAUCUGGCGCUGAUGGCUGGCAGAAUACCUCUUUGAGUGGGUAAAAAUUUCACGGACGCCGGAGAGGAGCAGAGACAGGAGAGCAGAACCUCCCAACAGCCAUUAGAGGGUGGAGGAGGGGACCGGUGGCAGGAGGAAAAUGGCUGCCAUGACAACAGUGCCCAGCUACAGCCCCUCGCUAUGGGUGCGAGUGUGCCACGCCCUCCCCCGGCUGGACUUCACCAUGACCAUGAGGGACAACUUCUUUGUGCCCGACAGCUGGGAGUAUCAGCAGACUUUACUGGUUUUGUCCAGUUUAUCAGCCAUCGCACUCGUUAUCUCGCUGUUGGUGGUUCUGUCCUUCCUUAUCCACUACUGCUGCUGUCACCGUGGCGACCGGAGCGAAGGAUCGGAGGAAGAGGAGGAGGACGAAGAUGGCAGCACAGGUCACGGUUACAGCGGGAAGAAGGGCCGGGGCAUCUGCUGUGUCACAUGGGUGGCGGUGGCGGCUGUCACGUUGUGCUGCGUUGCCAUAGGCGUCGGUUUCUAUGGCAACAGCGAGGCUAAUGAUGGGAUGUAUCAGUUGACCUCGUCCCUCCUCACAGCCAAUUACACGCUCGCUUCUAUCGAUCUACUGAUUUCGGACACAAUUAGUGGGCUGCAGUUGUCCAUCACAGGUCCACUGGCUUCGAUGGAGGAGCUCUUUACCGGAAGUAAACCGUUCCUAGUGUCCACGAGGAACUGCCGGAGGUUAUCUGAAAAUGUGAUAAACAUGCUCUCGUCCAUCUCUCUGGCGCGGGGCAGCCUGGACCUGGGUCUGAGCAAUGACAGCAGCACAGGGGCCUCCAUCAUCCCCCUGACCCCUGUGCCCCCCUCGGUCGCCCCCACUGUGGUGCCCUCUAGUGGCCUCAUGCCCAGCCCCUUCAGCCCGGGGUGGGCCGCCAACACACUCAUGGUCAAUGAGGACUACAGGUGGCUUUCAUAUGUGUUGCUGCUUCUGUUGGACCUCAUUGUGUGUUUGUUCAUUCUGCUGGGACUGGCCAAACAGGCGCGCUGGCUCCUCAUUUUGAUGACAGUGUUGGCGUGGUUGGCUCUUUUCCUCAGCUGGGGCUCCUUGGGUCUGGAGACGGCCACUGUAGUGGCCCUCAGUGACUUCUGCUCAGACCCAAACUCCUUUGUCUUGAACUCCACACAGUUCAGCAGUGGGACCAGUGCAGAUGUACUGGAUUAUUACCUCACCUGUAACCGCCGCAUGAACAGCCCGUACCAGCAGUUGCUGACCCAGUCUCAGAGGGCGCUGUCCAACAUUCACACACAUCUGUCCAGUCUAGACAGAAAUGCACUGCCACAGUUCCCCAAAGCCGAGAAAUCACUCAGGGAGGUCCAGCAGAUCCUGAACUCCACAGAGGGAAACUUCCAUCAGCUGGUGGCUCUGCUCAACUGUCGAGGCCUGAACAAAGAUUACAUUGACUCUUUGAAAGGCCUGUGUUAUGACGGCAUGGAGGGGCUGCUGUAUCUGUCGCUCUACUCUUUCCUCUCCGCCUUGGCCUUCACUGCCAUCCUCUGCUCUCUGCCCGGAGCCUGGAGGAGCUUCCCAAGUGAAUCUGAAGACUACGAAGACUCGGACAGUGAGAGUGAGGACCCCUUCACCUCGCAUCAGGCACGUAGACAGACGUCCUCGGGGUCUCAGCGAGGGGCCACUGCCCCCUUCUAUAACUACCCGGGCUCCGGGUGGACACCCCCUUUUUCUAGUGCCCCACCCCUCCCGACUCAAAACGUUUCCUCCAAUGGCAACCCUGGUUAUGAGAGCCUUCCCCUGACUGACAGGCAGUCCCCACCCCCCUCUUACUCUCCCAGCAUGCUGACUGGAUAUGGGGGAGGCCAAUCACACCCCAACCCUGCCCAUUCGAGGAACUUGUAUUCACGUUGAUUAUUUUUUUGUUAGGAAAUGUAUAGAAAAAAUGUUUAGUUUUCAUAUGAAUGGACACUUUACUGAAAAGAAAACUUACUAAUCUAAAUAAGCUGAAUGCUAGAUGUGAGAUCUACUAUGAAACGUAACAUCCGAACCACUAAGUAUUGUUUAAAAAAGCACUUAAAGCAACAGGACUGCAAAUAUGUCGGAGAACAAUGUAAAGGAAAGUCAAGGUGGAAGUGUUUACCCCAUGUCUGUGAAACUUCUGUGUAAACUGUGAACAGUGAUGAGCAGUUCAGAUGGUAUGGAGUUACUGCAAUGUAGUUAUAUUCUUCAGAGGUGGGUAGCCAAAAUUGUACUGAAGUAAGAGUAAAAAUAUACAGCUUUUGGUGCAUAUAUUAAGCUACUCAAGUGUUUGGACGUAACACCUGGCUUAUGAUAUUGAUACUUUGCAGCUGGUCAUCAAUAUUCCCUUGGGGGUGUGAAGUUAACUAAAAGCACUGCUCUGUCUGAAGUUCUGUUACUCAAGUUAGACUUAAUCUGAGCUUUAUUUUAACACAGUCUGACCAUAAAGAGCUGUCUUAGUUGGAGCAACAACAGGUGAGGUGAUUUCUGUGUUGUGUGUUAGUUUUUCAGUUGGGCAAUCUCAACUUUUUAGCUGAAAAUCAAACACCUAAACUGGACCAUGAACUCUUGUAUUGAUCACAGGCUCCUGAAAAUGUGUCGUUUAAAUCCAUUUUGUAUUUCAGAUGAUAUUAAAGUAUUUUUGGCUGUUUUUGCUCAUGUGUGAAUUGUGUCACCAUGGUAACUGUUUAACAUUUUGCCCAUAGCGAUACAUGUUACACCCCCAGAGUGAUGUCAGUGCAAAGUAUCAAUAGAGUUUAUAUAAUUGGGAAGACUCUGGCAUUUUCCUAAAGAAUUCAAUGAAAUGUGAAGAAUGAAUCAUUUGUAAAGGUAAGACGCAAGAAAAGUAAAUCAUUUAAGGGUGCACUAUGUAACUUGAUGGGAGGAGGGUUCACUACAUCUAGUCUCCAUGACGAUGAUGUUGCUUUGAAAUUUUCCACAGUAUGUUACUAAUCGUAUCUAUCUUGCAAUUAUUGUAAUUACAGCUAUUUUUAUUACUUAGAAUACCAUGAAAAACAUUUAUUCUUAUUGUGGGCUCCCCUCUCGAUUUUGGUGAUAAAUAGAUACAUUUAAUGCCAUAUUGUGGAACAGUCCAGGCAAAGAAAUAACAUGGAUACAAGAAAAUGGCGGACCUUACACUAGAAAUGUUCCAUAGUGUACCUUUAAUAUAGUCAACAGCAACAUAAAUAAUAUUAAUGCCACAUAUAGGCGACUCACAGUGGAAAGAGUGACCAAAACAUUUUACUCAAGUAAGAGUACUGUUACUGAAAAUAUAUAUUAUAUAUUAGUAAAAUAUGCUGUCAGAAAACUACUCUGUGAAGUACAAUUGUUUUUAAUGUUACUCGAGUAAAUGUAACAGAUUACUGCCCACCUCUGAGUUUCUUUAAUAUACAAACAUUUUAUUUUUACGUUUUAUAUAAAUAUUGUUGUAGAAAAGCACUGCCGCUAGCAACAUUACACAUUUUUUCUGUGAAUGGUUAUGCAGUUUCCUCACUUGGUAUUUUUUUAUUUCUACUUUUUUUAUAGGUGGCAUUUCUGUCCUUUCCUCGUAUUUACCUAAUGGUAUUCUGUAUAUCUCACUGUCUAUAAUAUCUAUAUAAUCAUGAACCUUUCAAUAAAAAAUAUGGGGCGCAACAGUCCCUGGUUAAAUGAUAAAAUGGAGAACUACAAACUGGAAAAACUACAAACCCCAUCCAACGACAACGGGUACACAGCAAUAUACUGCUACUGGCACUGCAGUGGCCCUACCGUAACUAGCAAUAAACACUAUAUAUAGCAUUGGGUUUCUGAAACUUCUCCGAGCUGUUUUGUGUAUAUAUGUUAUGGUAUGUUGGAGAAUCAUUGAAUCCCCCUUCCUUGCCAACUGACCUUGUUAACCCUUCAAUUGAGUUUGUAAGGUAUUAUCAAUGCUCCUUUUGAAUGGCAUCCUUUUACACU